AUUGUUUAUUCAAUUUAAAGAAAAAGACCAAUAUACCUACCCUCCAAUGGACUUAUAAACAAGGUUUCAUGAGGCGUACUACUACCAUACCAUUUCAUCAGACACAAUAACCUGAAGACGAUGAACGCCUCUGCCAUGCUACCUCCCAUUGCCCAAAGGCUAGAAGGUAAGGUUGCUGUAAUUACCGGUGGUGCUAGCGGCAUUGGCGAGACUACUGCCAGGCUUUUUGUAAGACAUGGUGCCAAGGUGAUUAUCGCCGAUGUCCAAGAUGACCUUGGACACUCCCUCUGUGCAGACAUUGGUUUAGAAGAAGCAAUUUCCUUUGUUCAUUGUGACAUUACCAUUGAAUCUGACGUCCAAAAUGCAGUAGACACUGCCAUUGCCAAACACGGCAAGCUUGACAUAAUGUUCAACAAUGCAGGAAUUACUGGUCGGAGUGAUCCCAGAAUCACAGCAGGAAAUAGUGAAGAUUUCAAGAGGGUGUUUGAUGUGAAUGUCUUUGGUGCAUUCCUAGGAGCCAAACAUGCUGCUCGAGUUAUGAUUCCAGCAAAAAAAGGCACCAUUUUGUUCACUUCAAGCAUGGCUUCUGUGAUUUCCGGUCAAGGCUCUCAUGCCUACACAGCUUCAAAAAAUGCAGUUGUAGGUCUUACCAAAAACUUGUGCGUCGAGUUGGGGCAGCACGGGAUUAGAGUCAAUUGCAUCUCUCCUUUUGCUUUGGCUACACCAAUGAUGUUAAGUAAUUUGACACUGGGAUGUGAGGGCAAGCAAAAGGCAGAAACGGUGGUUUCUGAGGCGGCAAACUUGAAGGGGGCGGUGUUGGAAGGCAAAGAUGUGGCAGAGGCAGCGUUGUACCUAGCAAGCGAUGAAUCCAAGUACGUGAGUGGGUUGAACCUUGUGGUUGAUGGGGGUUACAGCACUACCAAUCCAUCUCUCGGGGAGGCUCUCAAGAAAUUGGCCAUGUUUGUUGCAACUUAAGAAUUGUAAUUGUUAACUUUAAACUUUAGGUACAUCAUAUAUAAUAAUUGAACUCAUGUUAUCAUGCUUAUUUUUUUCGUAAUAAAUGUUUCUGCAACCCAA